AUGAAGCUGCUCCUCCUUGCGUCUCUCGCCCCCCUCGUGGCAGCCACGGACUGCUGGUCCUCUUCAUACAACAACACCAUUGCAUACUUCAGCAAAGCCCCCAUCGCUUUCAAAUACAGCGUCUCAGGUCCCGCAGCCUGCGCCGCCUGGUGCCAGAGUAUUGACUCCUGUCAGGCCUGGGUGUAUCUGCCGCGCCCGGGACAGUGCGACCUGCACCGCGGCGCCCCGCUGGACACUGCGUCAAACACAGGGUUCGUGUAUGGGACUUGCCGGGGCAAUUCCUCUGCGCUUCCUAGCGAAACCACCGCUUCAAGCUCCACGGCUAGCAGCAGCGCCGUUAUCCACCCAAGUGGAACUGUUCAGGGGAAGGCCCGUCGGGAUCCCUUACACAACACUCAUGGCCAUUUUCAUAACCAUCAUGGUGGAAGGACUUGA